GUGAAGGAGUGGGACCAUCAGUCAGUCAGAUACGGUGUUCACUUCAGGAAGCAUCUGUGUGGCAGCAGUUUUUUGUCUGGAGACUCGCGCUUAGGAAACAUGAAGAUGAUGAUGGUGACGAUGAAGAUGAUGAUGGUGACGAUGAUGAUGAUGGUGACGAUGAUGGUAGAGGCGGCCUCACGUGAAACAGAGGAAUCAGAGGCGCGUUACAUUUACAUCAACACCGACUCUCCCUUAACUAUCGCCGCCCUACUCAAUGUCCCCCUCUCCCUGGCAUUACCUCUCCUCGCCCGCCGCCGCCACUACAGUAGAGAACGAAGCUACCAUCACGACCCGAAUCUGGAAUCUGAACUUCACAAUCACGUCACUCCUGAACUGCCGCUGUACGAUGACCCCCAUUACACCGCUGAGGUGGACAAGCUCAAGUCCUACUUUAAAUUCCUUCAGGUCGAUGAGGAGGAGUGCCGUGAGAAGAUGUUGUGUCAGCUGGCGAGUGACCCACAAGUCUAUUACCCCGUCUCCAACAUCAUGCUGAAGGAACUCCGUGAGCGCCACGGGCCUGUGAUGGAAGAAAAAGACAACAGGUUUUGGAGGUACACGAAGGCGUCACAGACGGGGAUUACGGCCGCCCCUGGAGACUGUGAGGUCUUCUACCCCUCCUGCACCCUAGCUCUCCACGACCUCCUCAACAUGGGAGUCCUCAAAGUGUGGCAGAUCCUCGGCAGACUCCUGAAAAUCAGCUUUACUGACUACUAAGCUAUCGUGUAGGUCAUCCCGGGAGGCGUGUAUAAUGUUAUGUUAAAAGUAGACUUGACAUUAUUUUCCGUAUCAAAAUGUUAUAUACAGGGGGCAACUGAUCCGCGCAGAAACAAUGAUUUAUGAUUACGUGAAAUAUUCAAAUAAUAAAUAUCAUUAAUAACGAA